GUCAGAUAUAGAUAAAAAAUCUAACCGUUGUUUUGUUGUUAUAUAUAUAAAUAUAUAUUUAUUUAUUAAUUAAAUAAAUUAAUAAUAACAAAUGUAUAGAUAAUUUAUUAAAAUGUCUGUUUAUGUGACAGUUAAUCCAGUAUGUGUACGUCGAGAAAAAAGUUUGCUGUCAGAUCGUGAGCAAAUAAAAAAAUUCGAACGUGAACGUCGACGGAGGUUACGUAUUGAGCAGGUGAGACAGCAGUCAAAAGACAUAUCAAGUAAUUUAUUAGAGCGCACGAAAGAUAUCGCGCGCAAAGAAUUGGAUCAGUUGGAAAAAAAUAAAGAUUCUGAGCUCCGGCGUAUGCACAACAAAAAAAUAAAUGAAAUACACCAGUGGUAUCAAGAUGAAAUGGAUAAUAUUGGAUUAGCCCAUGAUUCCGCGAUGAUCCAGCCCCAGUCUCAAGUUAUUUUGGAGGCUGAAAAAUAUAGAAAUAAUGUUGCGGCUGCUGAACGUGCCAAGGAAGCUAGUCAGCUGAUGAAUCAUAAAAGAAAUGAACCUUCCGCUGCUGCCAAACAGCAUCAACGAUUGAAAAAAGUCCGUGAGGUUGAAAAUGUAAGGUCUGCUAUUAUUUCAAAUCUGCCGGCUAAAGUAAUUCGUGAUCCCCCAGUAACUUCAGCUAAAAAACGUAAAGUUAAAAAAUCACCAGUUAAAACCAGAGUAAAAUCCCCGCAGCAAGUUAUCGUUGAGAUACAUCAAGAACAGCAGGACACAUCAAGAUCAGAAGAUGAUUUUAGUCAACCAGCUGAUAAUAUCCGAAAUGAAUGUCUCUGUGCUGAUUGUUGCACUUGUAUUUACUCAAAGCCAAGUGAUUUUAAAUACAAUCCUGAUGAUUAUCGUCAGCGACAUGAUCAUGUUGAUUUAGUCAGUACCACAUCGGUCAGUGAUGAUUCUUCAUAUUUUUCCGACAUUCCUCCACAAACUACAUCAAUACCAACUACUAAAUCUACUACCAGACCAACAACCAGUUCUAGAAGUAAAACUCCAGUCAUUCGUGACAAUUCAAAUGUUGUUGAAAAAAUAAUUAGCGUUGAAGGUGAAUUGAAUGCUCAAGAUGCUGCUAGGGAAGUUGCAAAAAAAGUAAUUACACAGAGUAAUGAUAAUGUUAAUAAAUCUAGACGACGUGGUGCUGACGCUUUGCUCCGAGAAAAAGUUAAACGUGAUUACAAUAAUUUAAUUAAAAAUUUAGACACUUUGUCGCGGGAAGAAAAAAAAUUAAAAGCUUCGAAAAUAAAUGACGCUGAGAUACGAAAAUCCAAUGAGUAUCGGGAACGAGAUCGUGGGAAAGCUGAAGCUGAAUUGAGAAGCAAAAGAAUCGAGAAAGCAAGACAGAAGCUGAUGGAUCAUGACUUGGAUGAGAUUUUACCGGAUCCAAGACAGAAUCAAGUACCGGAAAAAAUAAUAACUUUGCCGCGUAAUAAAAAAACUUCAAAGUCUCCAGUUCUAGCAUCUUGGGAACUUCCCGUUUCUGAUCCGCAUACUCAAGUGAGACACAAAGAAUUAUCACGUGAUGAACAAAUUUUUGAAAUGUUGGAAAAAGUUGAGAGACAAAAAAAAUUGUUGCUGUUAGAAUUUGGCGAUUCUUUGCCGAAUGAUAUUUUUGACGCCAGCAUGAUUCCACUUUUUAAUAACAUCAGUAAUAAAAGUAAAACUGCUGGAGAUUCGACUGAUCAAUUGUCAAAACCAGAACCAGAACCAGUACCAGAACCAGUACCAGAACCAGAACCAAUACCACCAAGAAGAGCUUCACCUGAAAUUCAAGUCAUAAAUUUAUCCGACGCAUCGGAUAAAAAAAUAAAAUUACGAAAAGACAAAAUAAAUAAAAAAGUCAAAGCUUCGGAUAGAAAUGAAAUAGCUGUCCAGACAUCUAGGCAUGAAGAAGAAGGCAAAGACAAGAGUAUCCAAGUUGAAAUAUCGCCAGAGAGAUCGUCAAACCAAAAAAAUAUUACCGAUCCAGCGAAUACGUCGGAGAAACUCGAGUACGUCGAGCCGAUCGUUACAAUUAUUACUCAUCCAGACACGCCGAGCAACAGCGAUCUGUCACGUCGUAGCAUUGUCAUAAAUGUAGGAAAUGGUAAAAUCCAGGUGAGCUCACCACCAUCCAAGAGCAAAGAUCCAUCUCCGAAAAUUCGUCCAUUACCGUCCAGUGGAGUUGGAUCUCCUACCAAAGAGUUGUCAUAUUCAGCAGCAGCUUCUCGUGCCACUAGUCCGUCACUGCGUCAAGAUUCAAGUUCUCAAGACUCUCUAGAUAUUAAUGACAACAAACGAAAUUACCGUCAGCAUAAAAAUAAAAAAAAAAAAUAUGAACAAGUAAAACAAAAUAUUGUUUAUGAAAAUAAUUCACAAGCUUCUUCAUCGUACGCAAGUCUAGCGGCAAUAAAACCAAGUUCAAAUUUAUCUGUUCUCAGUAAUAUUACAUCGAUACUUGAACUACUGGACUUGUCAACCAAUGACAGUAUUAGAAAUAAAUUUUCAGCCUUAAAUAUAUCACCGGUCUCGACGCCAGAGACUCCAUCACCUAGAAUAAUGAACGUACCAUCAAAUAUACCCUGUCCUGAACGUAUUGCUAAAAUUUUAGAGUUCAAUGAUCAAGUUGAUACUGAUGACAACACUCUGUCAUUGAUAAGUCGUAUGUCAGAUUGUCCAUGUAGUAGCGCCAAUUGUCAUCAACGUAAAUUGUCUCAAGAGCCAGUUAAUCUCUCUGACUAUGAAGUUGAACAAGAGAAAUGCAUUAAAAAAAUAAAUAAACUGGAUGCUCUUAUUGACCAGAAUCGUAACCAAGCUGAGGAUAAUUUUUCAACUGAUUUACGUAACAUCAAGCAGAUGACAAAUGCCGUUAGGAAUAUUCAAUCAAAAAUAAGUUCAACGGUACGUGAAACUCUUAAUUCAAAUUCUGUAUUUGAAUCUACUACUCCAGUAACUUCACCUGGUCAACAAAAAAUAAAAGCAAAGCCUAAAAUAAUCAGCAAUGAACCGGUAAAUUACGAUCUAAGUAAAUUUAAAAAAUUAAAACAAUCAAAAGAUGGUAAAUCUGGUUAUAAUGAUGACAAUAUGGUUGCUAAAUUAUCUCAAGAAAUUUUGGAGCAGAGCAAACAAGUUGAGGGAUUCAAAAAACCACCCAAAGAGGGAAAUGAUUUUGUUCGAAUGCUUGCUGAUUUACCAAAAGUUCCAAUGGAGAAUGAACAUGACGUAGAAGCCCACAUUAGAUUUCCUACAAGACCAGUGCAACAGCAUGAGUUAUCAACAAUUGAAGAACUAGAUACUCCGGAUACUGGAAACCAAAGUCAGAGGAGUGUAAGGAGCCCGGGAAAAUUGAUAAGAGUUUUAUCUCAGUCGGCUAAUACGCCGCAAAAUCGUCCGGUUAAUGGUAAUGAUUUAAAUACUAAAAAUAAUUUUGGUAUUUCUGAAAAUUUAGAUCAGUCGUUCAAAGACUCUGAGAAAGAAUUAGAAAAAAAAUCAUCAAAUGAAAAGCUAUCAGGUGAAAAUAAUAUAACAUCAUCAUCGUCAUCGCUUGGUAUUCUGAGUAUUCCAACUUCAAAUAUUUUAACACCUGACGGGCAUGAUAAUAAAUCAGUGGUACCGUUUAAUAAAAUUACAAAUUCAAAUAAAGAAUCAGAUUCAAUUUUAAUAAAUUGUAGCACAAGAAAUUCCAUUGAGAAUAUAAAAAGUGAUAAAAUAACAUCAGCAACAACAACAACAACAACGACAACGGCAACAAGUAGCUCUCACAGUUUUUCAGGUUUUUCUGGUAUAUCAGAUAUUUUGAGCACUCCAGUAUCAGUAUCAGAAACAGACAUUGGAUCACCACCAGAGAAAAUGGAAGAUUAUUUGAUGGGUCUAGGUCUUGCUUGGCUGAUUCCCAUAGCACGAAAAACUCAACAAGCAAGUGCGUUAAGUUCCUCAUCAAAUUCCGACAUAACAAUUGCUUUGAAACGAGUUAAAUCACCAUUUAAAAAAUCAUUAGUCAACGGUAAUUUAGCAACUAAUUGGACUCUGCCAGGAUUCAGUGAUGUUUCAUCAAUUUCAAUAAAAGAAACUACGACAAAUAAAAGUACUGAAAAAACAGUGCUGAUGAAGGCGCGUACAUCAACACCAAACAUUCCGAAUUUUUAUUCAUUAAGUGAAAAAUCAAGUUCAACGACAACCACUAGCACAACUUCCACUGGUGGUUUUAGUUUACCUGACCACAGCGACAGUGUCAUUGCAACAAAUUUAUCAGUCUACCUCAAGACUUGACUUAAUAAUCAAUUAUUAUUUUUUAUAUCAAUUUAUAUAGACAUCGAAUUAAUAAAAUCUAUUGUAUAAAAAUCA